UAUGAAGUAUGGCUUCCGUUUCGAGCAGACUACAAUCCGAGUUAAUGAAAUGUUGCCGUAUCCAGAGAUUAAUGAAGAAAUGUUUGUCAAGGAACAAUGAUUUUAUACAAAGACGAUGCCUCACUUCUUCCCAAAAUGGAAUUGCAACGGAUACAUUUAAACGAAAUCCUUUACUAGUAUGUAUAUGUGGAAACAAGAUGUCAUCAAGAGAGGUUAGACUCUUCAGUGAUAGUCCACUCUCAGACAGAUUAGAGGGAGAUAAUCCUAUAUCAAUGUCACCUUUCGGACUGGUUGGACCAGAAUUAGAUAUGCUUUGCUCAAAUAUUAAAGAGAAACUAACUCCACAGAAUAAAGAAUUAGCUGAUAUAACCCAGUACUACUUUGAUGGCAAAGGCAAGGCAUUCCGUCCUAUGUUGGUGAUGCUUAUGGCUAAAGCCCUCAACGUUCAUAUGAAGAAAUCAGACAGUUUACUACAGAGUCAGAGAGAGGUGUCAAUGAUAGCAGAGAUGAUUCAUACAGCUAGUCUAAUCCAUGACGAUGUCAUCGAUGCAUCUGACACACGCAGAGGAAAGCCUACUGUAGAUAGUAUAUGGGGACAGAGGAAGGCAAUCUUAGCGGGUGACUAUAUUCUAUCAGUGGCCUCUGCAGCUAUAGCCAAAAUCAGAAAAGAAGAGGUUGUGUAUAUUUUAGCACAAGUUAUAGAAGACUUAGUUAGAGGAGAAUUCAUGCAAUUAGGGUCUAAAGAAGAUGAAAAUGCCAGGUUCAACCACUAUCUCAAGAAAACCUUCAAGAAAACUGCAAGCCUUAUAGCAAAUACAUGCAAAGCUGUGGCUGUCCUUGCUGAAUGUCCAGAUGACGUUGUAGAAUUAGCAUUUCAAUAUGGAAGAAAUAUAGGAAUAGCUUUUCAGUUAAUAGAUGACUUGUUAGACUUUACCUCCUGUGACCAUGUGAUGGGUAAACCUACUGCUGCUGAUCUUCGCCUAGGUUUGGCCACUGCUCCUGUUUUGUUUGCCACCAAUUACCAUCCAGAGCUCAACUCUAUGAUAAUGAGGAGAUUCUCUGUUGAGGGAGAUGUAGAGAAGGCAAGGAAAAUGGUUGCUGAUAGUAACGGGGUGGAACAGACACGAAUCCUGGCUGAAGAGAACAGUAAGGAGGCCGUGUACCAGCUGUCACGUCUUGCUCCCUCCCUGUACAAGGAUGCCCUCAAUGACAUAGCUACUAUUGUACUCACACGCACAAAAUGACCAGAGUGAACUGUAGGAUUUAUUAUAUAUUCUAAUAUGUGAAUGGUUGAGUUGGUGCUUGUUAAAUUCUAUUUCAGCCAAAUCCUUAUGGAAUAAUGUCACUACUACAUGUAUGGGUAGGUAAAACGAAAGCUAGUGUAUUUACUAGGGAUAUCAGAAUUACAAUAUCUCUUAUAUUGGUCAACUUUGUCCAGCAAUACUUGUUUCCUUUGUUUAUUUUGUUUCCUGAUUUUUGUUAUGUUUAAAAAAUGCUUUAAAAUAGUGUAGAAGUCACAACAUUUUAGGUGUUAAAAAUUCAAAAUUUUGAAAAUUUACUAUAGGGCCUAUAGAGAUAUUAUUUGAAGUGGAAGGAAUUUCAUAGUGUCAUUAAAUCAGAGAUGGUCUUUAAUAAAAUAUAUUUGUGAUUUAAACAUCAAAUUUUCCACUUAAAAAUUAUUGUUAAAUUGGCAAAAUGUAAAAAUAGAUUGUGCACCUUUGUAUAAUUUUGAAUUUGUGUAGUUAUACCAGUUAUACAGUGUAAUUAUACCGGUUAUACAGUGUAAUUAUACCGGUUAUACAGUGUAAUUAUACCGGUUAUACAGUGUAAUUAUACCGGUUAUGCAGUGUAAUUAUACCAGUUAUACAGUGUAAUUAUACCGGUUAUACAGUGUAAUUAUACCGGUUAUACAGUGUAAUUAUACCGGUUAUACAGUGUAACUAUACCAGUUAUACAGUGUAAUUAUACCGGUUAUACAGUGUAACUAUACCAGUUAUACAGCUCUAAUAAUGUAAGGCAAGUGUUUUGAUGAUAAUACAGUUAUCAAUACUGCUGCAUUAUUUGCAUAAUAAGUUAGUUAUAAUAAAUUAUCCCAGUGGUGACCUCAAUAGAAAACUACGAUGUCCGCCAUGUGAUGGGGUAUAUUUUAUGUAGAGAUUUUAUAUAGAUAGAGACUUUGGAAAAAUUACAAACAAGUGAAUGAGUAGUUUUCUGUUUU